AAUGGUUUAGCCAUCAAGCUCCUCCCAUGGCCGCCGCAGAGGAGGACGCCGCCGCCGCCACCGUCACUGCGGAGAAUGACGAUGACGUCGAGGACCUCUACGCCGACCUCGACGACCAGGUGGCCGCCGCGCUUGCCGCCGCCGGGGAGAGCGGAGGCUCCAACCCGGCCACUGACGGCGAGGCCGAGGCGCCGGGCGCCCACAACGCGGUGGACGACGCCAACGAGACGGUGGACCUGGGCGACGGGACUGCGGGGUACAUCAGCAGCGACGAGGAGAGCGAAGAUGACCUCCAUAUCGUGCUCAACGAUUAUGGCACCGCGUCGCCGCCUCCCACUGCUGGCCGAUGCGAGGACCGGUGGGCAGAGGUGAGCGAGGAGGGGGAAGUUUCGGGUAGCUGUGUGAAAGGUCCGUCUACUGAUGGCGACCGGGGCAAGCUUGGUGAGCUUCACCAGAAGGGACUUCUCGAGAAAACAGCAGCACCGAUCACAGGACAAGGUGAUCGAGGCCACCAGCAUGCAUUUCAAAAGGAAUUCAGUUUUUUCUUACCAAGAAACAGGACAGUUUUUGACAUAGACAUUGAAGCAUUUCAAGAGAAGCCUUGGAGACAGCAUGGUGUGGAUCUCACGGACUACUUCAACUUUGGCAUGGAUGAAGAAGGGUGGAGAAAAUAUUGUCUUGACAUGGGAAACUUCAGACAUGGAACCAGAACACUUGCAAAGGAAUCGUCAGGAUUGGAACAGGAGUUUCAUUACAAUCUUGGAUUGAGUAAGUCAGUGCCAAAGUCGGAGAUUUAUUCCAGAAAUGAGCUUGCUAAGCCAAAGGGUAGAGCAAUCCAUGUUGAAGGUGGUUUGCAAGAGCGUCUUCCAUCAGCAGAUAUGUGGCCUCCAAGACGAAGGGAUUCUGAUGUGAUACAGGUAAGCAUGAUGCUUUCACCAUCAAAUCACUCCGGCUCAGAUGGCAGGUCAACAGUAAAUGACACUACCAAAAGGCCAGCCAGUAACCAUCACGGUGGUGAUGAAUGUCCGAAGGAAACUAGCUCUGUGGUGGACAGGAUGGUUGAUAAAGAAGUGCACAAGAGAGGUUCCUCAGAGUACACUGGGAGCAAACCAGUUUUACGAGAUUCUGCUUGUGCGGGGGUCCAAUCUUCUAGUCCUGAUAAUUCUGACAUGCUUUCUGAAGAGUCAACAGAAGAUCUCUAUUUUAAGAGGAAGCGUGGAAAAUCAAAUUCCAAUGCUUUUUAUGUGGAAACAGUCCAUAACGAUGAGCAUGUAUUAUCAGAUUUUUGCCAUCGUUCAAGUAAAUCAGACCAAGAAAAUAGCAAGGGUGAGAUUCAUAGAUAUGCCCCCUCUCCUACUGAUGUCAGAUAUCACAAGAUAACUGAACGUCGGAGGACUGAUGAAGCUGGAGCAGGGAUUUCUAGUCGAUUUCUUAAUAACCGCCAAAAUGAUUGCCAUCUCCAUAAAUCUGGAUAUAGAUCAACAGAAGAACUGAAGAGGCAAAGUUUAGCUGGUGGGAAACGUGCCCUGUUUGAGAUACAAGAAAACACAACAGAUAACUACUCCAGUAGAUAUGCUCGAAAGCAUAAACAUGAAAGAUCUAGCUCAAAUUUCCUUGGCAACAAUUAUCGAGUUCACAUUCAAUUGUGUGAAAAGCAAGACUACUUGCCUCUGGAAAGAAUAGCUUUGAGACAUGAUGAACAACGCAAUGAUGACUCUAGCCAAAGACAUAGGCGAUCUUGGCAUGAGAUCGAUGAUAAUGAAGAUAUUUUAGAGUGCUAUUCCACCAGGAGAUGGCAGCAACACCAUGAUCAUGUACAUAGAUCUCCUUCGAUGCCAAAAGCUGAGUUUUGUGAUGACACUGAUGGACGGAUGUACAGAGAAAGACAAUACCUGGAAACAAGAAAAGUCAGACAUGACCAUAAUGGGGAUGAUGAGUUUUUCCACUACACUGAUUACAGAUUUGGCAAGGUACUGCAUCCUCAGGAUAGGCAUGGAUACAGAAGUCAAUCUGCAGAAAGUAGUGAUGAGCAUUUCAGACAUUCCGAACAUCUUGUGUUUGAGCAUUUCACACAUCCUGACCGGCUUAUAUUGUCUUGUCAGGCAAAUGCCAGCCACAGGAAAUUUGAGAAGGGUUGGCCCGUGCCUUCUGCAAAUCUAAACUGUAUGAGCUCAAAAAACAGAUUCAUUGAUAACAAAAGAAUCCAAAAUGGUAAAAUCAAAUACAACUGUGAUGGAUAUUAUGGAAAGAAAAUACUGCAUCAUUCUGGAUUUGGUGUUGACGGCAUUCAACGACCUGCUUUGUAUAGUGGUUCUGUUGCUGAGACUGGUCAAUGUAUUCAACCAGUGAAGAGGAAGGUUUAUGCUGAUCAAGGUUCCAUGAACCAUAAAGAUCUUUUCAAUCCAUCAUAUCCAAAAGGAAGGAGAUGGAUGCAUGAUCGAUCUAUGAUAAGUGGUAAAAAAAGAUAUGUUGCUGAGAUGCACAAUUAUACAAAGGAGAUUGAUGUAGAAGCUAUGUGUAGUCUCAAUGAUAUGAGAAACAACGACAAUAUUCGAAACAUUUAUGAUAAGAAAAGGCAUGAGAUCAUGAAUUUGCAGCCCAGUGACGCAGAUAACUUGCUUUUGAUCCAUAGGAAGAGAAAGUUUAAUCGACAAGGAAUUGAGAUAAGGCGUGAGGUUGAAAGUGAUAGUGAGGGGUGUCUUCCUGCUGACAGUGAUUUGCACAGUUCCAAACUUAAGAGUGUACAUCAGAAAGUGCGUAAACCAAGAAGCUACCGUAUCUCACGCAAUCAGAUUUUGGAGAAAUCAAUACAACAAAAACAGCAACAUGUGAGCAUCAAUCAAGAAUGUGAAGAGAUUGAGGAGGGAGAACUGAUUGAACAGGAUCAUCAUGAUACUGCUUCAAGAAGCAAGUUUAACCAACGAAGCAAAGUAGUGCUAAGGUCAGUGAUAGAAGCAAGCUCAGCAGGUCAGGGAGGGAUGGUUAAUGCAACAUCGAAAGAUGCUGAUUGCAGCAACGGAGCUACAAGAGAAUGCGAUGAUAAACAUAUACUUGAGGUAAUGAAAAAGAUGCAGAAAAGAAGGGAAAGGUUCAAAGAGCCCAUUGCACCCCAAAAGGAGGAAGAUGAACACGGGAAAGAAUUGUUGGCAGCGACAUAUAGUGUAGAUGAUAUGAAGAAUCCACGACCUGCAAGGAAACGGCUUUGGGGUUGUAGUGGUUAAGAGGCUAGAGUAGAACCUUGAACAAAGCUCAAACAUUAUUCAGGUUCAGAAACUGUAGAUCCUUUUUGUAAUGGUUGGAAUGUGGGGAAAAUAUACAAAGCAUUCAAAAUUCAAAAUUUUGCCUAUGUAAUACAUAUAGUGUCUACAUUAUAUAGCAUAGUUCUUCAUAGUAAUAAGGCAGAAAAUGAAGAGGGAAAAGACGGGAAUUUAUGCAUGUCUGUAAUGGAUCGCUCCCUUCCAAGUUCCAACAGAGUAUUGACUUACUGUUGCCAAGUAUUGGAAACUGAACUGUUCCAUGGGCAUUUAUACAGAAUUUUAGGUGAGG